GUCUAUCGUUAAAAUGCGGAAACGACGCCGUAUCCUUUUCUGAGAUCUCUGCCAAACACCUAAAUUUCACAAAAUCAAAGCUCAGUCUCCUCUAUACCUCCCUCUUUCGACUUCUUGUGACUCCACCGGCCAAACCUAUGCCCUCUCCACAACCGUUUACGACGGCGUCCACCAUGCUCCGCCAGCGCCUAGCAUCCUCUCUCCGUACACGCGGAGGCGGUGCAGCUGGAACUAGCCGCUGGACAUCUCCAGGACACGAGGAGAGACCUAAGGGUUACCUAUUCAACCGCACCCCACCUCCAGCUGGUCAGUCUCGUAAAUGGGAGGACUGGGAGUUGCCCUGCUACAUCACUAGCUUCCUGACCAUUGUUAUUCUUGGAGUUGGAUUGAACGCCAAGCCCGAUCUGACCAUCGAGACCUGGGCGCACCAGAAGGCCCUCGAACGGCUAGAAAUGGAAAAGUUGGGUCUCUCUGGCUCUGGUGAAUCGGAGGAGUAGAAUCGUGAUCUUGGGUAUGACUUACGACUCUUUGGCUCGAAAGUUAUGUGGGUUUUUUUCUCUUGGGCGGUGAACUUUUUAUCUAUUGUUGAUAAUGUGUAGUUCAAUAAAAGGAUUUUGACUAUGAUGAAAAUUUGGGUUCUUACAUGGAACUUAAUUACUGCAAAAUUUUAGUUGUUAAUUGGGAUUUUGCUGAUGUUAUAAAGUUUCAACGAGUUUAAAUUUGCUUGUUCCAAUACAAUAAUGUCUGUUACUCGUUAAGUGGGUAAUUGAAUUGGAUGAUUAUGAACUU